GCAAGAACGUGCCAGUGAGGCAGCCAACGCCUGGGCACUCAGCGGCUGGCUCCGAUGUCGACACAAUCAUGGCCUGUGCUCGCCUUGGCCUCACGCCUCUGGUGCUGAGAUAAAAGGGAAGCUGUAUUUAGCAGGAAUCUAUAUGCGACGCCGAUACAGUUCACGUGGAAACACCCGCAGGCUCGCGUCACACAGACAAGCGACAAGUGGUUCAGCGCUGUCUUGGCUAUCACGGCCAUGAGGACCUUCCCGAUGGCGUGGCUGGUGUGGUCGGCGGCGGUGCUGUUGCUGCCGGGGGACUCUCUGCAGCAGAGUCACAAGGUUGGCAAGACAUGUCCAUGCAAUCGUGAAGACGCGAAAACACUAACAAAGGACGACUUGCCCGAUGAUUCCUUUGUUGAGGGCACUCCCACGAGAGUCUCAUGCUGCAAGAACAUUCUUCUAGGCUACCACGAUCCUGAGGCUUCCAUUCACUGGUCGUUCAACGGCGAGCCCCUAUCAAAGAAAUGGCGCAGCUCCCUGCAGCCCAGGUACUGCGGCAUUGAGACGAUCGAGACCACCUCCGGUAAUGUGACAGAUCAAGGGACUUACGGCUGCACCGUCACCUCCUCCAACGGCACCUCCAUAACCGUCUCCAUGGAGAUGACUAUGGAAAAAAACAUCGUCCAUCGGGAGAAGCCCAUGGCGCUGAAGAGGUCCCCGGACGUUUUGGCCCAAGUGGGGUCCACCGUUAGCUUCACCUGUGAAGGCUAUGUUGGAGCAAAUCACAGUUACGAAGCCAGUAUUUUCUGGGAUAAAUACUUUUUUAACCAUAGUGUGCACACCUUCGUCAACAUGCUAGCGAAUGUGAGCGUGAAACUGACUUUUGGUUCUGGUGGAUCCUGGGGUAUGAUAAAAAGCGAAUUGGUCAUCUCUCCAGUUCAAGAGGAACACUUUGGUAUCUACCAGUGCAAUAUAAGGAACAAAUAUGCCACAGAAGCACUGAACAUGACCUUAACAAAUGGAGUUCCGGAGUGGCAGGUGAGGGAGAUGCGUUACAGGAUAACGGUGACGGCGGUGGCAGCGCUGCUUGGCCUGCUGGCGGUGUCGGUAAUGGUGUGGUGCCGCUGGGGCCGCCGCCUCGCACUCUGCUGCCGCCACAAACUAGCCUCUUCGGACAACUAUCAGUACGAUGUGUUUUUGGUUCACGGAGAAUCCGUCGGCCGUUGGGUAUGGUCCGUGUUGCUGCCCACGUUGGAGGACUCCUAUGGCUAUACUUGCUUUCUGCCGCAGCGGGACAUGAGUGGUGGCGAAAUGGUGGCUGAGUCUGUCCUCAAGGCCAUGUCUCGGUGCCGGCGGGUGGUGGUGGUGGUGACGCCGUGUCUUCUUGACAGCCCCUGGGCGACUUGGGCCACCUACAGCGGCAUCCAGUCAGCCCUCACCUCUAGGGCGCGCAUCUUGGCACUUGUACACAAGGAAAAUAAUUUUGUGAGUGACUCGUUGGAGAGGAACCCGUUCCUGAACGUGCUGAAGGUGGUAAGGAAUAUUCGGAUGCCGGAGGAGCUGGUCUGGGACGCCUGGGAGGGAGUGGCCCCGCUGCACUACCCGUCCGUGCCAGUGAAAAAGACGGACGUCCACAUGACAGAUCUUGAAACUGACCUUCAGAAGAACGCUCUAAAAUUAACUAUUCCUGAAAUCAAUAUCAGUACUAGCAUGUCUAAUUCUCCAAGAAGCCAGAGGUUGUCAAACAUGAUCACUGGAAGCAAUGCAGCUUCCAAGGAGGACUUGGGAUUUGAGGACAAAAAGACGGAGGUCAGUGGCUCUGUUAUGUUCAUGGGAACGGACCACGAAUUACCGGACCCCGGCUCUCCCAACUCGGUGACUCCUUUUAUCAUUCUCUCGAACUACGACGCAUGUCGACCGAAUUACGAUGGAAUGAUGUGCCAGCCAGUGGGCCGCUGCUUCCAGAUGCUGUGUGUUGGAAACCCUGAGGAGAAGUUUUGGCAGACGUUGCGCCUCCACCUUGGUCCCCCGUCACUGAGCAGGGGAGCGAGGAACACCUCAUAAAGGACUCAACAAGUCGGAGCUUCUUUCACUUUUUUUUCUCCAAGAAAUGCUAUCGUGCGUAAUGAUCUACAAAUGUGGGACUUGUAUGUAGGCACGAGAUGCUAAAAGCUGUGGGAUUUUAAUCCGUCAAUGAAAAAAAAUAUUACGUGUUACGUAAACGCUUCAAGUUGAAUUUGUAUACGAACUUAAGGGAUAUUUUCUUAGACAGUUAAAUGAGUUAUUGGCCAUUGAUAUGUCAUCCAUACGCUGGAAAGUGGCCUGCUUGAUAUAUAUUUUUAUUCCAGGUUCUUUUAGUUAACUCGUCGUGACUUAGAACACAAAUACAUCUACUGUGGAUGUUGCAUAGGAAAUAAGUAUGGUACUCAUGCCUGUAGCCUCCUUAGAAGCUGCCACUUGAAGAAGGUAAAGCUGACGCAGAUUUUUCUUAAUUUUGUGUUACAAUGUACAAUCACAAUGAAAUAUAAUUACUUUCAGUCGUUGAGCCGAAAAUCUCUCUCUCUCUCUCUCUCUCUCUCUCUCUCUCUCUCUCUCUCUCUCUCUCAAAGUAUCCGUUUGUUCGAUAACUGGCACA